AUGACAGAGGAGGUGAUUGUUGUAGCCAAAUGGGACUACACGGCCCAGCAGGAGCAGGAACUUGACAUCCGCAAAAAUGAGCGCCUCUUCCUUCUGGACGACUCGAAGACGUGGUGGCUGGUGCGCAACGCCGGCAACCACACGGGUUACGUGCCCUCCAACUACGUGGAGCGCAAGAACAGCCUGAAGAAAGGCUCGCUGGUGAAGAACAUCAAAGACACGCUCGGUCUGGGAAAAACCAAGAGGAAGACCAGCGCCCGCGACACCUCCCCGACGCCCAGCUCCGACACAGAGUACCCCUCCAACGGCAGCGGGGGCGGAGGGGGGGGCGGGGGGGAGGGCGCCGACCGGAUCUACGACCUCAACAUCCCCGCCGUGGUCAAGUUCAACUACACGGCGGAGCGGGACGACGAGCUGACCCUGGUGAAGGGCAGCACGGUGACGGUGACGGAGAAGUGCAGCGACGGCUGGUGGAGGGGGGCGCACGCCGGCCAGGUGGGCUGGUUCCCCUCCAACUACCUGCAGGAGGAGCCGGGGGGCCCCGACGACCGCGGGGAGGCCGACCCGUCCCAGGCCUACCACGGGGGCCCCCCCGGAGCCCCGCCGGCCAACGGGCGCCCGGGGGCCGGCGCGCUCCACCUGGUGCAGACGCUCUACCCGCUCAGCUCGGUGACGGAGGAGGAGCUGAACUUUGAGAAGGGCGAGGUGAUGGAGGUGGUGGAGAAGCCCGAGAACGACCCGGAGUGGUGGCGCUGCAAGAACUCGCGCGGCCUGGUGGGCCUGGUGCCCAAAAACUACGUGACGGUGCUGGACGAGCGGCCCGGCCCCCCCCCACCCUCCUCCUCCUCCUCCAACGCCUCCGGCCCCCCGCAGGGCCGCCUGGCGGCGCCGGCGCGCACGGGCAGGUUCCCCGGGAGGGACUGGUACUACGGCAACGUCACCCGGCACCAGGCCGAGUGUGUGCUCAACGAGCGGGGGGAGGAGGGGGACUUCCUCAUACGAGACAGCGAGUCAUCGCCCAGUGACUUCUCGGUGUCCCUGAAGGCGGCUGGGAAGAACAAGCACUUUAAGGUGAAGCUGUCGGAGGGGUCAUACUGCAUCGGUCAGCGCCGCUUCGGCUCCAUGGACGAACUGGUGGAGCACUACAAGAAAGCUCCCAUCUUCACCGGGGAGCACGGGGAGAAGCUGUACCUGGCCAGAGCGCUGCAGUGA